ACGACGUGGUCGGCCAGAGUAGCAGUGCGAAGAGUUAUUGAACGGGCGCGCGCGUCUCUUUUACUUGGAAAUUUUUAUAGCAUUUGACCGACAAAGCAAAAUAAAAAAUACAAAAGCAAAGCGUAGAAGAAAACACAAGCGGUACUUGUAUAGUGUAUGAAUAGUGGCUUGAGCAAAGCAAAUAGUACUUGUGAAAAGAAGAACAAGCAUGAAAGCUGAAAAAUUGUGAAUUGCCGACGCGUUUUUUCAACACCGUUUCAAUAAUUAGUGAGUGCGAUUUUUACUGGACUUAACGUUUUGACUUGCUGAUCGAUGCCACGCUGCUGACAGCCACGCGCGUGUAUGUGUAUAUGUGUUCGCAUUGUAUUAGUUAUUUAUAAAGUAUGAUUAUGAAAGUGACAAGCGGCAGUGAACCCAGAUUUACGUGAAAAUAAACGCUUUCUUGCCGACGGCAUUUCACUCGAAAACAAUUUUUGAUGUGUAAAUUCUUUUCAUCAAUUGCGGCGUUCCAUGUGCGCAACUGAAACGAAUUUAGUGGGUGCUAGUUGCCAGCAGUUCAAUGUCAACGGUCGCGACCACGCGCGGCACACUCACACAAAACGCAUUAUCCACACCUGCGACGCCGACGCUGUCACCAGUGAUUUGUGUCAAUUCAUCAGCUUCACUGUCGCCCCGCACGUCACCGCUCAACGGACUGACGUCACAAUCGCAAACGCGACCGCCCAUACUCGAACAGCUGUGCGCGCUGCGUCGACGUCGCGUCGAUAUGCAUCCGGAUUGUAUGCUGUUGCAAGCGCAUGGCGUAACAAGUCCGCGUUUGAGCCCAAGCGCGUCUAUUUUGGCAGGUGAGAAGCACAGGCGUCACAGCGACACAAUGUCCAGGGAGGCGAACGCGUUGGACGAGGUCGAUAUGUGCGAAUCGAUUGAUUCAGCUGAUGAAAUGGAUGUGGUGGGCGAUGACGAGGGUAGUGCAAAGAGGGAGGUUGAAUUGGAAGCCAAAACCGCCGCAGCACGUUUGGCUGAUGCGGCAGCAAUACGGUGUGAGGAGGAAGUGGAUACGGAGGCGGAUGUUGAAGAAGAAGAUGAUGCGUUGAGUCUUUGCAGUGAAGAUAGCGAAUUGUCUGUGGGUCAGGAAGGUGGCAGCGCCAAUAUUAGCGCGUGCCAAACAGCACCUAGCUUUUGUGAUUUUAACCAGCAACGGCGCUUGUUACUCAGCAAUGUUGGUAAUAUGAUGGCAUUGUGCGCGCCGUCGGCUUUUAGCAGCGUACACGCAACGGCUUCAGCAAGCGGCGAUGGCAGUGAUGCGCGUUCCAGUGCCUCAACGGACGAUAAUACCAUUCAACAGCUGGAUGAGGAGAGUGUUGGUAGUGGCACGAGCUCAGCGCAACAGCAGCAUAUAUCACUGCAAGCGCAACCAGCGUCAAGCGCUCUGCUAGACCCAUAUGUCGUGGCCAGCGCGCUACGCAUGCCUGUGCCGGUGCUGCCUCGUACCACCAACCAUACGGCUAGUUUUCAAACGGAAUUUAUGCGUAAGUCACACAUGUAUGCCGAGGAAUUGAUGAAGCAGCAGAUGCAGUUGAUGGCAGCGGCGCGCGCCAGCGCGUUUACAUUGCGCGGCGCAGCCGUUGCAGACACACUGACGCCUGAUAGACGCACCUUUACGCGCUUACAGGGCGCGCCACAACCAAUGUCCAAUUUCGCGGGCAUACAAUCCCAAUUAACGGCUAUCACAAAAAUGUCACAACUUAGCGCUGCCGCAGCAGCAGCCGCUGUUGCUGUUGCGGCUGUAGCUAAUAACAACCAAGCCACGCAACAGCAAAAUAAAACAAAUUUACCAAAUAGCACCGAUACCCUGAACAAAUUGAGCGCUUUAACUACAGCGCAUACACAACUCUCACCCACAACCGCUAGCGCCGUCUCGAGCCUGAGCCAAUUGCAGGCGCAAAUGCAAGCGCAUUUUCCAUACGCGCACGGCAAUCAUACCAAUAAUAACCUCAACAACAACAACAAUCUAAAUGAACCAGCGCUAAAAUUUAGCAUUGACAAUAUAUUAAAAGCGGAUUUUGGCAGGCGGCUUGCGGAAGGCGCUGCCUGCAUGGCAGCGUGUAACAAUGCUGCGCGCGCUGCAAAAGGUAUCACUACUCAUAAUAGUUGUAGCGCUACGCAGCGCGUACGUAAAGCGGCAAAUGCUUUACCAGCUGUUGGUUCUGCUGUGGGUGGCGCUGCCAGUUCCUCUACCGCGAUUGAUUUAACGCACCUCAGCGCAGCAACGUCGACAGCAACAACCACAGCAGCGUCGUCCGCAACUCUAAACUUCUCACACACACUCGCCAAUAUCUGCACUAACAGCAGCGACUCGAAUAGCACCGCGGUCAGCAGCAGCUUUGGCGCUACCUCUGAGCAUGCUAAGUCGCCCGCCAAUGGUGAGUUAAGUUCGUCGGGGGCGAAGUGUACAUCAGGGGAGUUUGGCGCGAAGGCGAUGGAAGAGGCGAACGGCAGCGGUAACGCUGUUAAGUCCAGCGGUACAGGUGCGAGCGGCAGCGGUCCCAUCGUUUGGCCGGCGUGGGUGUACUGCACGCGCUACAGUGAUCGACCCAGUUCAGGACGAAGCCCGCGUGCACGUAAGCCGAAGAAGUUGGCCGGUGAGAAGGGCAGUAGCAGCGGUGCAUCGAAUGGCAGCGGAAGCGGAGGUGGCGGUGCUGCCACCGCAGAGGAUAAACGACCGCGCACGGCGUUCAGUGGAUCGCAAUUGGCGCGCUUGAAGCACGAGUUCACCGAGAAUCGUUAUCUAACCGAAAAGCGACGUCAGCAACUUAGCUCCGAACUGGGACUAAAUGAGGCGCAGAUAAAAAUUUGGUUUCAAAACAAACGUGCCAAACUGAAAAAGUCAAGCGGCACUAAGAAUCCUUUGGCCCUGCAACUUAUGGCGCAAGGCCUUUACAACCACUCGACGGUGCCGCUGACGCGAGAAGAAGAAGAACUGCAAGAGCUGCAGGAGCGCGAAAACGCAGCAGCGGCCGCCGCAGCAGCAGAGGUAAGAAAUGGUGGCGCAACAACAGCCACAACUGUGUCCACGUAGGUAGUCUCGUGAUGCUGAGGUAAUUGUAUUUGGAGACAACGAAGUAAUAACUAUCACUGUAAAUUAUAAUUAUUAAUUAAUUUAUUUACAACUAAUAGCAAAAAUAUGUAUACGAAUGUAAAUUAUAUGUACAAAAUAUUUAAAUUUAUUGUAUUAUAUUUAACGAAAUGAAGUAUAGAGAGCGAUUAUGGUAAGAACGUGGCGUGGGCUAAAUAUUGGGAGACUGAGUUUGAUGGAAGAGAUAUGCUUCCAUUCGCUACUACCAAAAAAAGUUAAGUCUUGUGGUUAGUUUGAAAACAUGUUUUAACAAUUGAAAGGAAUUUCACUUGCCUACAAGAAACCGUUACUAUUUGAUUUUGGAAAGCCAGCCAAAUUAUUCCAUAGCUUGGAUUUCUUAACAAAAUAUAGUUUCCCUCAACUUUUGUAUACAGAAUAUUUUCAAAUUCCAGUUUGCAAAUUAACAUGAACUGAAAAAGGAUUAGAGUGGCGAACGAUAUGGUUAAAAUAUUUUUAUGGAGACUUAAAAGGCUUGAAAAAUAAUGGAAAAAUCAUAAAUAAGAUUGAAGGGAAGACAAAAGAAUAUAUGUAUAUAUUUUUGCGUAAGUUCCUUGAAAUUAGAUAUACUUGUAUUGUUAUCGGCCAUAACAAUAACAGCGACCUUCAAGUAGGCAGAGGUGAGAGGUGGUUCAGCAUGCUUUGCGAAUUCUGCGCUUUAACUACCUGAUAAAGGUCAGCAGAUCUUUUAUGUUGCAGAACCUCAUCUCAUCUUCAACCGAAAAAAAACAGAAUAUUUAGGUGCAAUGACAAAAAUGUAUAUAUAAGCUCCUAAUCCAGACAUAUCGUCAGUCAUGUUGUGAAAACCUUACCCAAAGGUGCCAUUUAAAAUAAACGCAUAAUCCUUGAGAUGGACACAUGGGCAAUAAUGUCACAAAUUAAAUAUGGUUACGGCACUUUAUUAGACGUGUACUUACAGCAAGAGGAAGCACGUGAGCGGAGAGAAAUGUUCUCGCGCAAAUUGAAAAGAGCACGUGUCAGAUAUGAAUUGAUGCAUUCCAAUGAGUCGGAUACAGAUGAUGACAGUUACGAAGACGAUUGCGAAAGUAAACACUUUUGUCACGCGAUUUAUAUUAACAAUUUGUCGGAAAAACAAGAUCAACCCGAAGAAGAGUCCACAGAUGGGCUAAAUAUGCGGCCAAAUGAAGUCAUUCACAUCGAUAGUGAUGAUGAUACAGAUGAUUCUGACGAGCAAGCCAAAGUCACUAAAUCAUUGAUUAUAAAAAAGAUAUGGUCACAAAGAGGAAGCAGCUCGACCAUCGAAUCUGAUUUAGACUCACCCGAGAAGAAUGCCUACUCCAAUGGAGUAGCAUAUGUUACAUCAGCCAACAAGUAUGUUAUAUCACCGGACAAUGAUGACGGAAUCGAAAUUUUAGAGGAAAACUCAGAAAUUGAAGACCUGUGCACCCCACCGAGAGCGAAUCAUUCUUCAGUGGCUGUAUACCAAAAUACGCCAACCACAUCUAAUAAGCGCUUUAGGAAACGUCGCUUGAACUUCACAAUUUAGAUGACUGACUGACAACCAUUUAUUAGGCAAAUUCUUACUGACGACUGAUAAUCUAAAAUUUUGUAAAUCACUAAUUCUAAAAUAUAAUUUUAUGAAAAGUGUA